UGUGGAAAAGUGCGAUCUCCUUUAUUUGAUUACUAAGCAUCGAAUUGAAGUUAUUAACGAAAUAUUUUAUUAUCCAAAUAUUUAUUUUGAAAUUUAUUUCAAAUAAAUAUCUUUCAAAAUUUUAUUUUUCAUAAUAAUUUUUAGACAUUGUGUGUUACUGUUUUGAGAAUUGUAAUAUUCUCAUAUAAUUCAAAAAAAUGUCUACUGAAGUACCACCCGGAGUUCGCCUUGCCCACCCACCACCAGGUGAAGAAAUCGUAAUAACUGGUUUAUCUGGAUAUUAUCCUGAUUCCGAAAAUGUUUAUCAUUUUGCUGAUAAUUUAUUCAAUAAAGUCGAUUUAGUAACAGCUGAUGAUCGUCGUUUUGUCACAGAUCACCCAGAAAUUCCACCUAGAUGUGGAAAACUAUUGAAUAUUGAAAAAUUUGAUGCUAGUUUUUUUGGAGUACAUUAUAAACAGGCAUUCUCAAUGGACCCUAUGUGCCGGAUGUUGAUGGAAAAAGCAUAUGAGGCAAUUGUCGAUGCUGGGGUACAUCCAAAAGAACUACGUGAUUCAAAUUGUGGUGUAUUCAUAGGUACAUGUUUUUCUGAGUCAGAAAAAACAUGGUUUUAUGAAAAAAUUCAAAUCGAUGGUUUUGGUAUUACUGGAUGCAGUCGGGCUAUGUACGCUAAUCGUAUUAGUUAUUGGCUAGGGUGUACAGGACCAUCGUACAGUAUUGAUACAGCUUGUUCGAGUUCAAUGUUUGCUUUAGAGAACGCAUUCCGGGCAAUACGAGAUGGUCUAUGUGAUAGUGCAAUUGUUGGAGGAUCAAAUUUGUGUUUAACUCCAUAUGUAACAUUACAAUUCGCACGUCUUGGAGUGUUAAGUGCCGAAGGAAAAUGUCGAGCUUUUGAUAACGAUGGUUCUGGUUAUGUACGAUCUGAAGCAAUAUCAUGUAUUUUCUUACAAAAAGCAAAAGACGCAAGGAGAAAUUAUGGUACUGUGAUUUAUGCAAAAACAAAUUGUGAUGGCUAUAAACCCGAAGGUAUCACAUAUCCAUCUGGUAAACUACAACGUGAAUUAUUACAAACAUUUUAUGAAGAUUGUCAAAUACCACCAGAGAGUUUAGCUUACAUGGAGGCUCAUGGUACGGGUACACGGGUCGGUGAUCCAGAAGAAUGUUAUGCAAUUGAUAAUGUAUUUUGUAAAAAUCGCAAAACUCCGUUGAAAAUUGGUUCAAUCAAAUCCAAUAUUGGUCAUUCUGAGCCUGCUUCAGGUGUAUGUUCAAUUACAAAAGUAAUUAUUGCAUUUGAAACUGGUUUUAUUCCCCCAAAUUUACAUUUUAAUAAGCCACGCCAAGAUAUUGCUGGAUUAGUAGAGGGACGAUUAGAGGUAGUAUCUGAAAAAACUCCGUUAGACGGUGAUUUAGUUGGUAUUAAUAGUUUUGGUUUUGGAGGCGCUAAUGCGCAUGCAUUGCUCAGACGCAACGUAAAAGAAAAAGUUAAUAAUGGUCUUCCUGAUGAUGAUAUUCCACGAUUAGUACCCGUUUCAGGAAGAACUUUAGCUGCUGUGAAUGCUAUUAUUGAUGAUUUAGCAAGCAGGCCAUUAGAUGCAGAAUUUGUUGGAUUAUUGCAUGAAGUUCAUAAAUUAGAAAUUCCUAGCCAUAUAUAUCGUGGAUAUACUUUACUCCAAAAGGGGGAACCAACUGUACUUACAAGGGAAUCUGAUCAUUAUUCUGGUGAAAAAAGACCAAUAUGGUUUGUAUUCAGUGGUAUGGGCUCACAAUGGCCAGGAAUGGGCGCAUCUUUAAUGAAAAUACCAAUAUGUGCAGCAGCUAUACAAAAAUGUCAUGAUGUAUUAAAACCGAAAGGUGUGGAUCUAAUAAAAAUUUUAACUGAUCCAGACCCACAUAUGUUUGACAAUAUUUUACAUUCUUUUGUUGGAAUUGCUGCAAUACAAAUUGCAUUGGUUGAUGUAUUAACAGCCUUAGGAAUCGUACCAGAUCACAUAAUUGGUCAUUCUGUAGGUGAAUUGGGUUGUGCAUACGCUGAUGGAUGUUUUACAGCAGAGCAAAUGAUUUUAGCUGCAUACUCUCGUGGAUUAGCUAGUAUUGAAACUGAAUUAAUUCUUGGUAGUAUGGCUGCCGUUGGUUUGGGUUACAAAGAAAUUAAAGAGUUAUGCCCACCGGAAAUUGAUGUUGCGUGUCAUAAUAGUGCUGAUAGCAGUACCAUUUCUGGACCAGCGGAAGUAAUGAAAACAUUUGUUGCUGAGCUUCAAUCCAAAGGUAUAUUUGCUCGUGAAGUAAAUGCCUCAAAUAUUGCAUACCAUUCGCGAUAUAUUGCUGGCGCUGGACCAAGGUUGUUGAGAGAAUUGAAAAAAGUAAUUCCAGAACCAAAAGCAAGGUCAGAAAAAUGGGUUACAUCAUCAGUACCACCAGAAAAACAAACUACAGACGAUGCUAGAUAUAGUUCAGCUGAAUAUCAUACAAACAAUUUAUUAAAUCCCGUGUUAUUCGAAGAAAGUUCACGUGCCAUUCAAAGUAAUGCUAUUGCAAUUGAAAUUGCACCUCAUGGGUUGCUACAAGCUAUUUUACGUCGGUCGCUACCUUCAACUGUAAUUAAUGUUCCAUUAACACAGCGUGGAAAGGAUAAUACUGUUGUUUUGCUUAAUGCUAUAGGAAAAUUGUAUAUGCAAGGCUUACAGCCUCAAGUAUCUGCAAUUUAUCCACGUAUUAGUUUUCCAGUAAGUCGUGGUACACCAAUGAUCUCACCUUUAGUAAAAUGGGAACAUACAGAAGAUUGGACAGUGGCUAUUUUCGAGAAAAAGAAGAAAUUGAAAUCCGGAGAACGGGAUGUUACAAUUCGUGUUAAUGAAAAUUCUAAUUGGAAAUUUAUAACCGGUCACGUUAUAGAUGGUCGCAAUCUAUUCCCUGCUACCGGAUACAUAUACUUGGUAAACGAAUCAUUUGCCUCAAUGACCGGUGAUGUAAUAGAAGAUUUCUCAGUUGUAUUUGAGGAUGUCCGUUUCAUCCGAGCCACAAAUGUUCCCAAGGAUGGUGGCGAAAUCGAAUUUACUGUUAUGAUUCAAAAAGGUACUGGUAACUUUGAAGUAAUCGAAGGAGACACAGCUGUAGUAACCGGAAAUAUAAAAUGUGUUGAUAAUACAACUAAAGAAUUUUUGAAUUUACCACCCUUAUCUCCAGUGGUUGGUAAUGACAUUAUUCCAUUAACCACACGUGAUAUUUAUAAGGAACUUCGUCUUCGUGGCUACAACUAUCGAGAUCAAUUUAGGGGUGUUAUUGAAUGUGAUAUUAGUGGAACAGUUGCUAAAAUUAACUGGGACUAUAAUUAUGUUGCAUUUAUGGAUAAUUUAUUACAAUUACAAAUUUUACAUGAAGAAUCACGAGGAUUAUUUGUACCAACUAGUAUACAACGUCUUGUCAUCGAUCCGAAAAAGCAUGUUGAAAUGAUCCAAUCGGUUAGCGAAGAAGAAAAUUCUCAAAAAUUUGUGGAUGCCUAUUUCUAUAGGGAACUUGGCGUUUUAAAGGCUGGCGGUAUUGAAAUUCGUGGUCUUAAAGCUAAUUCAAUUGGCCGUAGAAAACCAUUAGGAGAACCUGUUUUGGAAAAACAGGAGUUUGUACCAUUUAUUAAUCCAGAUCAACUUUCAGUUGUUGAUGCAAUUCGCGUAUGUGUACAUUUGGCACUUGACAAUUCACCAGCUAUCAAAGUGAAAGUUGUUGAAGUAGAUAACGGUAUUGAAGAUCCUUUAGCAGCUACUGUUUUGUCCGUUUUAGGAGAUUUACCAUUAAUACAAGCAGAAAUCAUUGUUAUUUCUAGCCGGGAGCUGGAUGUACCAAAAACUGUAACUAUUGAAGACAAGGAAUUAUCAUCUGAAUCGAAUGUAAUGUUUGUUGUCGAUUUUGAUUUACUCAGUCGGCCUGAAGCAUUAAAUGAGGCUAAAGGUAUUUUAAAAGAAGGUGGAUAUAUCAUUUCAAGAGAAAGUUCGAUGGAGGAAUCAACUACACCUGAAGGCUACGAUAUUUUAGCAGAAGCUGUAACGGAAAUAGAAAAGCUUGUUUUGUUAAGAGUAAAGAAAGAACCAAUUGAGCCUAUCUGUGUGAAAAUCAGUGACGCAACUGCAUUCUCAUGGUUGGAAGAAUUGAAAGAACUAGUUAAAGAAUCAAAACCAGUUUUGUUAUAUUGUCAAAAUGAACCGUUAAAUGGAUUAAUGGGUUUAAUUAAUUGCUUGAGGAAAGAACCUGGUGGUGAAUUUGCUCGUGCUGUGUUAAUUGCAAGCAAUGAUGCACCAGUCUUUGAUGCAAACCUACCAUUUUAUAAAACACAAUUAGACAAACAAUUAGCAGUGAAUGUGUACAAGAAUGGUCAAUGGGGUAGUUACCGUCAUUUACAAAUCGAACCACAAAGUGUAUUAACCAAACAUGCUUAUGUUAAUGUAUUAACACGAGGUGAUUUAUCAAGUAUGACAUGGCUCGAGGGACCACUUACUGCCGAUGGCAACGAAACUCUUGUUGAUAUUUAUUAUGCUGCUCUUAAUUUCCGUGAUGUUAUGACGGCAACAGGAAAAUUGGGUUCCGAUUUUAUUAAACAAGAUUUCUUCUCACAUGGAUGUGUUCAAGGGUUAGAAUUUUCUGGAAGAAAUCACAAGGGCGUCCGUGUUAUGGGUAUGGUAGGAAGCGGUGCGUUGGCUACUCGUGUUGUGUCAGAUCCUGACAUGAUGUGGGCCAUCCCCGAAUCAUGGUCAUUAGAAGAUGCUGCUACUGUACCUGUUGUCUAUGGCACAGUGUAUUACGCUUUGAUUGAUACAGCCAAUUUGAAAAAAGGUCAAAGUAUAUUAAUUCAUGCUGGAACUGGAGGUGUAGGACAAGCUGCAAUAAAUAUAGCCUUGUAUUAUGGCUGCACAGUAUUUACAACUGUGGGUACACCAGAAAAACGUGAAUUUAUUCGCCAGAAUUUCCCUCAAAUACCUGAAGGCCACAUUGGUAAUUCUCGUGAUACUUCAUUUGAGCAAAUGAUUAUGCGUGAAACUCAAGGCGCUGGUGUAGAUAUUGUUUUAAAUUCAUUGGCUGAAGAAAAAUUACAAGCAUCUGUAAGAUGUUUGGCAGUUGGUGGAAAGUUUUUGGAAAUUGGAAAAUUCGAUUUAUCAAAUAAUAACCCACUUGGAAUGCAAAUAUUCUUAAAAGAAGUUUCUUUCCAUGGCAUUAUGUUAGAUAAUAUAUUCCACGCACAACCAGAAAAAAAACGUAGUAUCCGGAAGCUUAUUGAAGAUGGUGUUAUCAGCGGCGCAGUUAAGCCAUUAGUUCGUACUAUUUUCGCUGAAGAUGAAGUAGAACAAGCAUUCCGUUAUAUGGCUGCAGGAAAACAUAUUGGAAAAGUAUUAAUUAAUAUUCGCCCAGAAGAACCUCAAAAAACACUAAUUGCUAGAGAUCGAUUAGUUUCUGCCAUUCCAAAAUUGUAUUGUAAUCCAGAACAUAGUUACGUCAUCGUUGGUGGCCUUGGUGGUUUUGGAAUGGAAUUGACUCACUGGUUAUUAACUCGUGGAGCACGUAAAGUAGUUCUAUCAUCCCGAAAUGGAGUUGUUAAAGGAUAUCAAGCAUUACGAAUAAAGAAAUGGCGCGAACAUGGUGUACAAAUAAAAGUAUCGACUGCAGAUAUUUCAACUGUGGAAGGAUGUACAAGUUUAUUACACACAGCCAAAUUAAUGGGACCAGUGAACGGUAUCUUUAAUUUAGCUGUAGUGUUACGUGACGCAAUUUUAGAAAAUCAAACAGUUGAAAAUUUCCAAACUUCAUUCCGUGGUAAAGCACAGGGUACAAUCAAUUUAGAUAGAGUAAGUCGUAAAAUGUGCCCUGAAUUACAACACUUUGUGGUAUUCUCAAGUGUGUCUUGUGGGCGAGGUAACGCUGGCCAAACAAAUUAUGGUAUGGCGAAUUCAGUAAUGGAACGUAUUUGCGAACAACGUAAUGCCGAUGGUUUACCCGCGUUGGCAGUACAAUGGGGUGCAAUUGGAGAAGUUGGUCUUGUAGCUGAUAUGCAAGAUAAUGAUGCCAUUUUAGAAAUUGGUGGAACUUUACAACAAAAACUUAGCAGUUGUUUAGACGUUUUGGAUAUGUUCAUAAAACAAGAAGCACCUGUGGUAUCAAGUAUGGUUGUAGCAGAGAAGAAAGCAGGAUCUGGUUCUGGGGAAAGUAUAGUUGAAUGUGUAGUUAAUAUUAUGGGUCUUCGGGACAUUAAGACUGUUAGUAUGCAUUCGAAUCUAGCCGAACUGGGAAUGGAUUCUAUGAUGGCUGUAGAAAUCAAACAAACUCUAGAACGAGAAUAUGAAGUGUUCUUAACAGUUCAAGACAUUCGAACCUUAACAUUUGCAAAAUUGCAAGAAAUUCAAAAUUCACAAGAAGCAAAUCAAUCAGUAGAAAAUCAAAGUACAGCUGAUGGAAUUGCAGCCUUAUUCCGAGCGCUGGGUGAUGAAAAGACAUCAGAAAUUCCACUAGUGCAUUUAUCAAGUAAGAAUGACGUUGAGGAGGGAGCACCUCCACUAUUCUUAUUACCUGGAAUUGAAGGACAAGCAUCUAUAUUUGAAAACCUUAGCAAGAAUUUACGACCAAAUACACUUUGCUUACAAACUGGCUAUGAAAACGUUACUAGUACAAUUGAAUCAAUGGCUGAUUCAUUAUAUCCGGUUAUCGUAUCAAAUCUGAAACCAGGUCAAGAUUUUACGAUCGUAGCAUAUUCAUACGGUAGUUUAAUAGCAAUCGAAUUAGCAUUGAAAUUAGAAGCUACUGGCUAUAAAGGCAAAUUAUUAUUCAUCGAUGGUGCACCAUCUGUAUUGAAAGCAUUGUUGAAUAAUCAAGUUACGGGUGGCAUUACGGAACAUCAAUUACAAACUGCAAUUCUUUGUGCUAUCAUGAGCGGACUUGCACCUAUUAAUUUAGCAGAGUUAAAGUCUGAUUUAGAAACAUUAAACGACUGGCCAUCAAAGGUGGAAUUAUUCUUACAACGAGUACCACAAGAUUCUAAAUAUUCGCCAGAAUACCAACGAGCAUUAUGUAAUGGUGGUUUAGCGCGUUUCAAGGCAUUAGCUGAUUAUGAACCAGAUUUAUCCCGGAAAAUUAAAGCACCAAUUACAUUGAUCCGACCACAAAUACCCACUGUGCAUGAUGCAAAAGAAGAUUAUGAGUUAGGUACAUUUACAGAAAAUCAAAUACCAAUUAUAUAUUUGGAAGGUAAUCAUUUUACAAUUAUUGAUAAUGCAAAAUUACCAACAUUAAUUAAUAAUUAUUUUGGAUAUUAAUGAUCAAAUUAAAUUACUGUGUUAGGGGCUCGUUUUCACAAUCAUAGUUCUUGUGUAUAGGUUUUUUUCAUUGCCUCUUCUGAUGUGAAAUAUCACAGGGUAGUUAGUUAUCGUUCUAAGCAUAUAAUCAAUCAUUCCAUGUGCAUAGAAAGGAUAUGUUAUUUUUGAUGAUUUAAGAUCUGCAAACAAUCAAGCAAGCAAUAAUUAUUUCGUGACGUUCCAGACCACUGCCUCAUUCAUUUUUCAUUCUAUAAGAUUGCCGAUUUUCUGAUUUUCGGUAUUUGUGCAAGUUUUUUCUUUUUUAUUAUAAUCAAAUCAUUAAAACUAGUAAUUAAUAAAUACGAUUUUAACAUUUUAUCUACCACUUUAAAUCACACUUUCAUAACAUAAAUGUCGAUGAGGCUAUCAUGAGAAUCCUAAUGUAACUAUGAUCGUGGAAACAAAAUAUGUUUUAAGAUAUUUGUAGAUCUUUAAUUAAUUAAAUAAAUUUUAGUAUAUUAUCACAUUAAUGUUGUACCAUCGUUAAUGGCAUUGUAAAUUAAUUUAAAUAAAUCAAUUAUUAAUAAA